AUACAUAAUGAAUGAAUCUAGCAUGCUUUUUCUGUCCAGGUUCAUCUGUACCUACACUAGACCUUUUAAAUACAGACAAAAAUGUAUACGUAUAUAUAGGGGAGCAUAUUCUACAUGAAGGAAAUGUCUUCAUCCACACACACAAUGUUCACAUAAUAUCUCCAUAAUUACGACGGUAUAACGGCAUCCUUCAUCCCCAAUUAAUCACCUUCUUUCAUCUCUCUCUGUAUAUCUAUAUAAUCAUAAUUAUCCGAUUAAUUAAUUAAUUAGCUUCAUUAUCUUUCAUCUAAUCCUUCUUCGAUCCGGCAGAAUUAAGUGAUCAGGUUUCGAGAUUGAUUAAUUAAAAUAUAUAUAUUAAUCACCACCGGAAAAUGGUGAAUAUUCCGGCGAGAUUCAAUAGGUUCGCGGCGGCGUUCGAUGGUGCCGGCAAGGCUAGGUCAUGGGAGAGCAGCGGGAGCGAGCACUCCGCCGCCGAUUUGUCGGAUCUGGUGAAUUCGUUUCUAGAGAGAGAAAGUCGAGAGGAGAGAGAAAGUGAAGAUCAGUUUGUUGACGAUGAGGAUACAGACGAGAAUGAGAUUGAUUUUGAAUCUCGUGAUCUGUUGAAGGAUUUGCUCGACUGCGGAAACGACGCCGUUAGAGGAAGUAUUCACGCUGCGGUGGAGAAGGCUUACAGAGAAGUCGUCGGCGCCGGCGGCGCCGGAAGUAACAGUAGCUCGUCGCCGGAUUUUAAACGGCGGUUGAUGGCGAGAUUGCGCAGCAGAGGGUUUGACGCCGGUCUCUGCAAAUCGAAAUGGGAGAAAAUCGGCCGUUGUCCGGCGGGGGACUACGAGUUUGUCGACGUCAUCGCCGGCGGGACACGGUACAUAGUACAAGUCCUUCUAGAUGGAGAGUUCACAAUCGCCCGCCCGAGCGGCGGCUUCGCCUCACUGCUGGAAAUUCUCCCGCCGGUGUUCGUCGGCAAGACGGAAGAGCUGAAGCAGGUGGUGAGGCUAAUGUGCGCCGCCGUCAGAAAGUCGAUGAGGAGUGCCGGCAUCCACGUGCCGCCGUGGCGCCGCCUCGCUUACAUGCAGAACAAGUGGUUCGCCUCGUACAAACGAACCACAAACGAAAUUCCGAGCCGGGAAGCUUUGAUCUACGGCACCGGCUCGCCGGAGAACCAAACGAUACCGGGGAUAAUGUUCAAUUGCAGAGGGGGUUUUGGUGGUGGCUUUAGAACAAGAAACCAGCUGGCUGCGGUGGUUUUGAACAGGAAGGAAAUGCAAAUGCUGCUGUAAAUAUGUGUGCCACCAUUGUUGUGCACUAAUAAGUAGGUAGUACUGUAGUAGAUAGAGAAUGAAUUGGUGGAUCAAUUUUGAAUUAGUUUAGAAUAAUUAAAUAUUAUAAUUUUAAGAAUAUUAUUGUAUUUUUCAAGAAUUUUUUUUUUAUUCUUGUGCUCCAAAAUCCAAAUGUCACAUUCUGUUACUUUGCAAAUAAUAGAAUAUUGGAUGCAGAAUUU